AUGGCUCAUUUAGGCGUCAAGCGCGGCGAGCUGGCGCUGCUCGACGCCGAGGGACGUCCGGCUUCUCCAGCGCUGAUACAAGGCGGCAAUAAUCAUGUGCAAGUGCUGCGCGGAGGAUUGCGCGCGGAGCUGCAGCCGCUGGGAUUGAUUUUGCUUCAACGCGCCGGCGUCCAGCGCGGCGACGCCUUCGUGCUCGUGUUGGAUAACGACCGCACGAGUGUGGCCUGCAUGCUGGCAGCCAUGCAUCUAAAGUGCAUUUGUGCUCUCGUGGGCAAGAGCCGUGUAGCGCUACUGGAUCAUGUCAAGACUCAGACGGGUAUCACCAAAGUGCUCACGGUGGAUGACUCGUCCGAGUCCGUGAGCGUCCAGGACGACGCUAACUCACAGUCGACGACGACGAAAGCCGCUGCAAUGACCUGGCUUCAAGAGGGCGAGAUUGCUAACAGCGGAUGUGUCUGCUUGCUCACGUCUGGCAGCGUCGGUGAGCCCAAGGUCGUGCCGUGCACAUGGGAUCACAUGCUGCUGCAGGGCGAGUCCACACACCAGCAGCUAUUCCCCAAACGUCCAGCACGCAUCAUCUGUGGAACAUCAAUCUCGCAUGCAUUCUCCAUCAACACCAUCUUCGCACUGUACACGUCUCCGUACGACGCGCAAUCGGAACUCUGUUUCGCUUCCAGUGCCGUGGGACUUUACUCGCUGCUCUCGCAGCGCAGUGAACUGUUCACAGCAUUCUACGCGACUCCUGGGACAUACACCGCACUUGCCGCAAUGCCACCGACUGCGCUGUAUGCCGACGUUCCGUAUUGCGCGGGUACACGUUUGUCUCUGAAUUUGUUUCGCAAAAUGCGUGACGACUAUGGACUGCAACUGAUGCAGAACUACGGCUCGACGGAGAUGGGAGAUAUGGCAGCUUGGUAUCUGCAUGGGAAACGGUUUGACGAAGAGCUGAAAGAGAUGGAAAGCAAUGAAAAACAGCUAUAUGUUGGCUCAGUUUGGCCUGGCGUGGAGACUCGAACGAAGGAUAACGGUGAGGUCACGAUAACGACACCAUGGCAGUCUAUCGGAUAUGUAAAAGAGCACGUGCUACAGCGCUUGAACGGUGCUCACCAUACGUCUGACCUUGGGGUCAUCACACAAGACAAAUACGGAGUAAGUUGCGCGUGGCUCCAGGGUCGUCUUCGCCCGACAGUCGAGGUUGAAUGGCAAGGUCACCGCACAAAAUACGCACCUUACGAGAUCGAAGCGAUGCUUGUUGCACAUCCUCACGUGACAGAUGCCCUCGUUCUGAUGCAAGACGAGGCGAAUCGCAGGCGAGGCAUUGUUCGAGUUCGUAUUGUCCUGGAAGACGGCGUUGCUGUAGAUGCGUCGGAUUUGAUUCAAUGGUGCAUUGAGCACGACUUGUCGGCUCUACGUGACUCGCUCGUUAUCGAGUUGGUGAAGUUUUUGCCUUGCAGUCCAGCCGGAAAACUCAUGUACGCAUGA